AAAAAAUCUACCAAAAAAAAAACUUUUUGCUUUGCAUGGUGUUUAGUUUAUUACUUAACAAAUUUAGAUAAAAACAAAACCGAUUGCAAAAUACAAUACAUAAGCAAUGGAUUUUAUCAUAGAUACCGUGGGAGAUGUAGAUCUCCAAACAAAAACACAAAUGUUAGAGGAAGAAGAAAAGCCAUAUUUUAUAGGUUAGUAUUGAAAAUUUCUUGCAGGGUUAGUUAUUAUUUUCUGAUUGAGUUAUUACAUCUAUCAAUGUUUCAGAUAAAGAGCAGCGAACUGAAAAUAUUCUUGAUAUGUUCGAGAAAAAGAAACGAGAGCUUGACAAUGAAGUUGCUGCCGAGGAGGAAUUACAAAAUAAACUGAAAGGGCUAAAAAUUGAUAAUUUAUUUGAUGAAUUCUUUGAAGAAAUGUCGUGGAACCAUGUUAUAAGAAAAAAGAAGCCUUUACGGUUUCAUUUUGAUCAAUUAGAUGUCGAAACAGGCAAGCUUAAAUCGAAAAUCGGUUCAGUUGAUGUGGAGAAAGAAAUGAAGAAAUCUGUCUUGCAACCAGGUUUAGAAAAAGAAACUAGUCUACCAAGCUACACCAUUAGUCAGAGAAAAUUAAAGGCUAUGAAAAAGAAAGAAAGAGAAAAGACAAAAGGCCCUGGCUGGUUCAACUUGCCUGCUCCUGAAAUAACUGAUGAACUGAAGAAUGACUUGGAAGUCCUCAAAAUGAGAUCAGUUCUUGAUCCCAAACACUUUUAUAAAAAGAAUGAUAUGGAAGUACUUCCUAAAUAUUUUCAGGUUGGACGCAUAAUGGAUUCACCACUAGACCAUGUCAAUGAAAGAUUAACAAAAAAACAAAGGAAAAGAACUAUGGUGGAUGAACUGUUAGCUGAUGCUGAGUUCCAAAAAUAUAACAAGAGAAAAUAUAAAGAGAUCAUAGACGAAAAAAGAAAAUCAGAAUAUAGGACUUUUAUGAAAGACAAAAGACAGAAAAACAAAGCAGAACUUAAGAAAAAUAAGUUAAAAACUAAAAAGAAAUCUAUGGCAAUUCAAUAAAUAUUAUU